GCGAUACGGAAGUCAAGUCGCCGAACGUGUGAGGUUCCACCCCGAAGGUAAGCAAGCAUGGCGGCGUCCGACCAAGCGUCGACACCAGCGUCCACGGGAAGGGGAAGCAACCCGUUUGACUUCUCGCAGCCACCGGUCAUCGAGGGCUUCAGCCCAUUACCGAGGGCCAAAGAUGAAACCUUUAAAGAAAAGUUCAUGCGGAAAGCAAAGGACAACCCGUUCGUCCCAAUAGGUUGUUUGGGGACGGCAGGAGCGCUGAUGUAUGGCCUCCGGGCAUUCCACCAGGGCAAAACCAGGCAGUCGCAAUUGUUGAUGCGGGGCCGCAUCUUCGCCCAAAGCUUCACCGUCGUUGCCAUUGUUGUCGGCGUCUUUGCCGCUGCACUCAAGCCCAAACAGUGACGAAGAGGCGGAACCUCAACACCGCGAUCUUCCAUUCAUAUAGAAAAAAAAAAAGACUGUUUGAAGGAAUGGAAUAAUAUAAUGUGUAUAUAAACAGUCUAAUUAUCCAGAUAACAAUGUGUAGGACAGCCUUAUUUAUUGUUUGGAAACCGAUUUUCUCAUUUCAAAUGUGGCCUACACAGGAUAUACUAUAUAGUAUGUACUGUGCUAUUGUUCUACUUAUGCUUUAAUUAUAGUAUUAUGUAAGUAAAAUCAUCCAACAUUGUAAAUGUGUCUUUGGAAAUACGGGUAUGUCAUGCAGGCAUUUAAUAAUUAUCCAUCCAUUUUUCUACAGUAUGUGUCCUCAUUAGGGUCAAAAGGGUCUAGCUGCCUUUGGGCGAGAGGUGGGUCACACCCCGGACAGGUCGCCAGUCAGUUGCAGAGCACAUAGACGAACAAUUCACCCCUACAGACAAUUUAUAGUCUUCAGUCUGCCUAGUAUGCACAUUUUUGGAAUGUGGUAAGAAGCCAGAGUUCAUAAUGAUAUUGAAGGGAAAAACUGUUAUUAGAUAAGUCAUAAUAGUACACAGGACUGAGUUGACUAUCAUUGUGCAGAGCUCUGAGCAUUCUCAUUGUCAUCUCAUGUAAAUCCUUAGGCCUGUGCAAAAGCGAAAGGAACUGAUUGGUCACGCUGUGGUUUAAGUAUAAUGGAUCAAAUCCAAUUUACCUUUGUAAAACAAAGAACAGCCCUCUUUAAUUUGUGUCUUGGCUGUAAAACCUUAUACAGUUGAACCUCCUUGAAUAUAAUUUUUUUUUGUGACACUGGUUAACUUCAAAAUUAUGUCAUUAAAAAAACGAUGUCAUUUUAAGUAAGUAACCUUUAAAUUUCUGAUCAAAUGGUUAUGACAUAUUAGGGGUGUCAAACUAAUUUUUGUCGUAGGCCACAUCGUAGUUAGGGUUUCUCUUGGAGGGCCGUUAUGGCUGUGAACCCAUAUUAAUGUAUGAUAGCUUCAUAUUAUUACAUAUACACAAAUUGAUGGAUAGCUACUUUUAAAAUCAGAAGGUAGUAAAAACUUUGUUCGACGACAUCCAUCCAUCCAUUUUCUGAGCCGCUUGUCCUCACGAGGGUCACAGGCGUGCUGGAGCCUAUCCCAGGUAUCAUCGGGCAGGAGGCGGGGUACACCCUGAACUGGUUGCCAGCCAAUCGCAGGGCACAUACAAACAAACAACCAUUCGCACUCACAUUCACACCUACGGGCAAUUUAGAGUUGUCAAUUAACCUACCAUGCAUGUUUUUGGGAUGUGGGAGGAAACCGGAGUGCCCGGAGAAAACCCACACAGGCACAGGGAGAACAUCCAAACUGCACAUAGGCGGCGCCUGGGAUUGAACCCCGGUCCUCAGAACUGAUGCUCUAAGCAGUUGUCCACAGUGCCGCCGUUCGACGACAGUAUUAUUUAAUUUAUUUUAAAAAGGGCAUCGGUAACAAAAUGCUUGCAAUAUCUCAAUAUGUUUAAAAGUGAAGGCAAUUUGCAAUUUUGGUAUUUUAGGUGGAAACAUGAAGUAGAUGCACACGAUUUGGUUUCGCGGGCCACAUAAAAUGAUGUGGUGGGUCGAAUCUGGCCCCCGGGCCACCACUGUAUUAGGUUAUUUUUUUUCUUUGAUUGUUCACAUUCCAAGGCAGUAUCAUGGCACAUGAUGGUUUAGUUUAACUUUUUGAGGCACUUUUUUUUUUUCUUGAAAAUUUUGGUUGAACUCCAAUUUAUACCAAUUUUGGGGUUUGACUUUGGAUAUUGCACUGUAGUUUCAGACUUAAAAUAAUAUUGCUAGUGCUAUGUGGAUAUACUUGGUUGCAAAUAAACCUACACAUUUUACCAGAA